CCGGAAGUGGGGAAAAUCGGUAAUGAGCUCAGUAGGAUGGAAGACGACAGACAAGACCAAAUUAACACAAAUGAGGCUGAUGUUACAAAAUUAAUAGCAAAAGAUAAAACUGUACUGGGUAAAGGAGGACAUGUUCUAAAUGAUGGUCUGAAGAAAGGAGAAACAUCACCUUUACACAAAGAGACAAGCAGUUCAGGGAAAGAUGUAGCCCAUUCCCAAGGAUUAAAAAUAAUUAUUGCAGCAUCUGUGAUUUUUGCGACUGUUAUAACCAUAGCGUUAAUUCUUUUUAUAUACCUUGGGAAACCUCAGGUUGGAGCUUCUGGAGCUGUAGCCUCAGAUGUUAGCGUGUGUUCUGACCUUGGUCUAGCAGUGCUGGAACGGGGAGGUAAUGCAGUGGAUGCCAUGGUAACCACAAUGCUGUGUACAGGGGUUGUCAACCCUCAUCAGUCUGGCAUCGGAGGGGGUGGGUUCAUGAUUGUAUAUGAUCACAAAACGAAGAAGAGUGAAGUAAUCGAUUUCAGGGAAACAGCACCAUCUUCAGCAGAUCUCUUUAAUGGGGACAAGUCCCUGAUUGAAAAGGGUGUAUUUUCUGUUGGGGUUCCAGGGGAGCUUAAGGGUCUGGAAGCCGCCCACAAGAAAUACGGAAAACUAACAUGGAGUUCUUUAGUGGAUCCCGCUAUUUCACUAGCAAGAGAGGGAUACAAAGUUACAAAGUCUAUGGAUGAUAUGUUCAAAAGUGGAAAACUAAGGACAAGUGAUUUGAGUCCAAAUCUCCAGAAAUACUUUGUAAAAGAUGGCGGUUUUGUGACGCUGGGGACGGAAAUCAAACGUCCUGAUCUAGCAGAGAUUCUACAGCAGGUUUCAGAAAAAGGUUCCUCUGCCAUAUAUAAAGGAAAAUAUGCAGAAGAAAUCGUGGAUGCUCUGACUCCAUCCAGUUCAUCAAAAAUUAGGAAGUGGGUGACUGGGGACGAUUUGGAGUCAUAUGAAGUGAAAUACAGAGACAUUGUCCAGACAAAUUAUCAUGAAUCCACAGUGAUGACGAUUCCAGCUCCUGGUGCAGGUCUGUCUGUCUUAUCGGCUCUGAAUAUGUUGGAAGGUUACUCACUGAUCCAAAAUGACCCCACGACAGUUCACAGGAUGUUAGAGGCAUUGAAAUUUGCUAGUGCACAGCAACAGCAGUUAGGUGACCCCGACUUCAACAAAGAGAAAGUUCACAACAUCACGCUGACUAUGCUGGAUAAAGUUGUAGCUAGCAAACACAGGAACAUGACAACAAACAUUACCCACGCUGACCCUGUAUUUUAUGGUGGCAGUGUCGUGACUCUCCCUGUCUCUACUGAUGGUGGCGCUAGCCAUGUGUCAGUAGUGGAUGCUCAGGAACUGAUGGUGUCGGCUACAUCGUCUUUGAAUUCUUGGUUUGGUUCAGGAAUAACAACCAAGUCGGGCAUUGUUUUAAAUAACCAAAUGGCUAACUUUGAAGUCCCAGGAUCAUCAAUCAGCCAGUUGAAUGACAUUGCUGGUGGAAAGCGCCCCCAGUCGAAUAUGGCUCCCACCAUUGUUGUUAAGAGCAAGGUUUCAUGUGCGCGACGACUUAACCUAGGGGCCACAGAUGGGGACUCUACUCCCUCGGCCGUGGUCCAGACUGUUGUUAAUGUGUUGUCCUACAACAUGAACCUAACAGCUGCUAUUCAGGCUCCAAGAAUCUAUAGCAUCCUGUCUCCAGAGAAGGUCGUCUAUGAAAAGAAAUUUAGGAAGGACAUUGUUAGUAACUUAACAACAAGAGGCCAUAACUUAGAACAGACAACCGGCACCUUGAACUGCGUACAGGGUGUGAAGAAAGUGAAGGACGAAGUGGAGGCUUACUCGGAUGCGAGGGACGGGGGUAGAGCCGCUCAGUUUUGAGGGUCAGCCCUAUGUAUGGGAUGAACUAUCCAAUUAGUAAAUGAUUUAAUUAAUGUGGGGAAAGUGUGCGAGUUUUGUCAGGCCCAUAGUCACAAGUUUGUGUCCUCAAUGUGUGGAACCAAAUCAAGAUGUUCUCAAUGUAAUGUAUAAAAUAGGUAUGGCUAAAAAUAUUUAUUAUUUUCAAGGUUUGAUAGAUUAGGUGAUAUUGAAAAUAAAGAUAUUUUCCAUACUAUUAUAGUAUUUAACUAACUUUUGUAGCAUUUUAUUUUUUAAAGUAAUAUACCAUAUCAUAUGAUGAUUAUAUGAAGAUAUUUAAUUUUUUAAACAAUAUUUUGUUAAUGUUUGAUUAGUCAUACAUCAUGUGCACAAUUAUUAAAUUAUACAUACUAGAUACAUAACUUUACUAGAUUUUUGAGUAUUUAAUGUUUUCAUGAGGCAUGUAGAAACUCCACUGUAUUUUGGAGACGGUUUCUUCUGAAAUAGAUUUAUUUUCUGUAUCAGUAGCUAUUGCUGACGUUCUGUUUAUCAGGUGCAAUGUACUCCUUCCUGCUGCGGUGUCUCGGAAUUGUAAGCACCGCAUGGUUGUGUCAUUUGUUCUUUUUGUAUAGAUUCACAUGUAGUUCAUUGAUUUACUUGUUUAAAAUUUCACUGGAACCAGUUUUUCAGGGAGUUUUUUUGUCUGCAAUUAUUGAGGACUUUAAUAUACUGAUUGAGAUUAUGUGAGUACUCAUUAGUUCUAAAACACUCUAAGGGCGACUUCGGUUCAUACCCGAGUUAGUAAGGUAGAUAUUCCAAUGUUCUUUCUUACUCCCAUGUAUAAUACUCCAGCCAAUCACACCCAUUGUUAGAAAACUGACACAUGCGCAGUAUUAUUCCAAGACUGACAUAUUGCUACCACACUACCCCUCAUAGAAGGCAGGGUUAGUUGAGUAGAGUUCAAAUGUCAAAAAUACGUCAUAUAAGAGUUGAAACUCUCUCCGUUCGGAAGCAACUCGGGUAGCCCGAGUUCGUACACCGGUACGAACCGAAGUCGCCCUAACUGUAGUUAAAGACUGUAGACAUCGGUUUUAGAUAUUUUGUACAUAUACAUAUAUUUACUUGCUUGUAGAAUUAAUUUGCAUUUUUGAUUUGUUCAAGUGCAAUGUCACCCCUUUACCCACACCACUCAGACACAUUGGGUAAAUUUUGUUUUUAAUUUCCAACUAAUAUUCCUGUAAUGUUACAUUCCAGGUGAAAUUAUUCCCAAACUAUCAUCAUGUUUUUGUGCAUUUUAAGUACUUGGUAUGUUUUGAUCUCCUUCAGCAGACCUCCAGCGUGCGUCUUGCCCAUGUGUUCAUGUCAGAUUUGAUUUAAACCACAUUUCUUGACAAAUGUUUGAUUUUUUAUCAAUGUUGUGGGAAUGAUGCCCUGCAAUAAGAUCUGGGAUCAAUUGAUUUAAAAUCUGAUAGGUCAUAGUUACUUUUGGGGGUUGUAGAAUGGACCUACUGUGCAUAACUUUUUUUUGGAAUCGCAUCAUUUUGUGUGUGUUUAAAUGGCAUUGUUUUGUGAAAGUUUGUGAUAGGGUAUUAAUUAUAUUAGUAUGUUUUCUCUGGGCAAGGCAUACAAAGCAGAAAUAUUUUAUCAAAAUUCAUUGCCUUUGAUUUUUGUUCCUGUGAUAAUAUUUGGAAAACAGCCAUGACCAGCUCCUUAGAUUUUUACAUGACAGAAUAUCUCAACUUGUUAUAGUAUUACAAUAUUCUGCUAGUAUUUUUCCAUGUGUUCAUUGCACACAGUGUGAUCUGAUUUUCUAAUUUCUGCAUCCGUUUUACCAUCCACUGAAAUUGAUGAUAUCACGAUGCGUCAAAACAUUUUUGUGGAAAUUGACCUGUCUCCUCACACAGCUGCAUACUCAAAAACAAAUUUUUUUUGUCUUUUUGAUAGUAAUUCAUGUAUUUACAUUGAUGUAUAAUAAAUUUAUUAAUACUCCAGUAACUUGAUUGGAGGAGUUGAAUCCCAUCUCAUAGAUAGAAACAGCAGAUUAUUUGCACUUGCCAAUGAGAGGUGAUCCGAAUGUCAACGAGAGGUGAUCCGAAUGUUCACAUCAAGUUACUAUAGUAAUGAUACAAUAUUUAUACCUCAUUUUCUGUAAUUGAUUUAUCAUUGUGAUACUUAUUUAGAUAUUGUUAACAUUUCCAGAUAAGGCAUUCUGUUUAAAUUAUGCAUAUCAUUUCAAUAUAUAUUUAUUCAUUUGUUACCCAUUGUACCUGCUAGUAGAGUUGUCUCUCUUUGUUAGUAAAUGUGAUAGUCUUCUGUGGACCAGAAAUAUUAUUUGUCAUAGGACAUUUAUUUAUGAAAAAUAAAUUGUUUAAUUUGA